AUGGAAUAUUAUCCAUCCAUGUCUCCAGUCAGAGUCCAGCUACGCAACAGUGUCCCUGCAAAACUUUCUCAGUCUUCUUUGUCAUUGGCUGCAAAGCAAGCAAAAGCUUUGAGAUCUCUAUCAAUGACAAACACAGCCAACACCAAUGCUAAUCAUACAACAAUAAAUGAAUCUGUGAACCAUCCUAGCCCUGCAUAA